AUGCCUGGUCUAAUACCUCUAAUGCUCAAGCCCGCAACGGCGGGCACUCGGCAAAGCGUCCUAUACUCUUCAAAUCCCCAGACUACUUCCCCUUCAGUAUCGCGGUCCCCAUCUGCGACGUCGGGGACACCGAAGGAUGCCUUGCAACGGUUGUCUUCACCUCCCGCCUUCCCGUCAGGGCAACAAAGCCUACCGCCUGUCGCGAUUCAGAAGCAUAUGAGGCGCUUCUCUUAUCAGGCGGCACCGACCACUCUUCCCAUGGUGCCUUACACCCAGGCGGAGUGGAUCAAAGCGGUGAGCGAGGUAAAGCGUCUGUACCUGCACCGAAGAUACAGGCCUUGCUCCGUAAGGUGCAGCUCCAUCUUGGACAACAUCAAGGACACUUCUAAUGUCGAGCCAGCCUACCUCAUCUACCUUAAUUUCUACGCCGCCAUCUCUAAGGAGAUGAGCUCUAGGGCCCUUCACCCAGCGUCGCCCUACAGGACGACCUUGUUGCGGCAGGCGGAGGCCCACUACAACUGCGCAGCCGACCUCAUCCAGGCCGAGGAUAACACCAUGAAGCGUUUCUCUCGUGUUUCUACUGCUUCGUCCAACAUCAACUCGCCCGCUGGCUCUGUUAGUUCGAGAGCGUCGACCACGUCAACCCGCCUCUCCUCGCCCACUCCAUCUAUCUACGGCGUUGAUGACAAGCCUGCCGCAGGGGCAGUGACGGCGCCGGCGAAGAAGCGUGUCACUUUCUCUGAUAUGGUGGUCGAGCCCAUUAUCCGGCCUGAUUCCCCAACUCUUGGUUUCGAUGACUGGGUAGCCCCCACUCCCCCUACCGAGCUCAAGUCGGCUCUCCACAUUCCCCAGCCGCAGCCCGUCUACCAACCGGAAUCUACCGAAGCGCCGGAAUUCGAGGACGAAGAGCGCAGAGUGUUCAACUUCCGAGAUAGCGAACUUUUCUUGCCCGAAACGUCGGUCGACCGAUACUGCUCGAUACUUUCGGGCCUCGGCACUCAAGUCAUGAUCCAUCUCGCGUCAAUUCGUGCCGAACUCGAGAAGCCCACGACAGAGGAUAACUUCAUGUCCGGUCGGUCCACACCAGAGUCCACCACGGGUGCCACUGACGCGGCUGUCGAAGCCGCCAAGGCACUUGAGCUUCGAGCACGCAUCGACAGACUGAAGCAAAACGGAUGGCGCCGGAGGCGAUUUGAUCCGUCGAAGUACCAAGCUCUACGCGAGAGUGUUCUUGCCGAGCUCGAGUAA